AUGGAGGCGAAGGGGCUCGGCAUGGAGUCGCCUGAAGUGACAGCGGUUUCGGUGAUGGGGGAAGAGCAGAUCGACAUGGCCGAGCAGCUGCCGAGUGCCGACGAGGGCGGCUUCGCAGAAGUGACCACGGUGACUGUGGGGAGUAUGACUGGAGCUGCUGAUAAUGUUUUUACAACGUCUGUUGCAAAUGCUUCCAUAUCAGAGCAUGUACUGUCAGGAAGAACCACACUACAGAUUGGAGAAGGACUCCCCACAGACAAAGCCACACUGAUAGUGGUUCACACCGAUGGCAGUAUUGUCGAAACAACAGGACUGAAAACACCAGUGCACCUAUACUCAAGGUCCACAGACACCAUCCACUCCUCUGACACCAGGCCCUGA